AUUCUCUUAUAAUAUUAGUCUUUUCCGAGUCAUCGUUUUCUCUCUUCUCUGAGAAUUAGGGUUUUCGAUUACUCGAACCUCGAACACACACACAAAAAAUUCAUCUUCGAUUAUCUUCGGUAAGCUCCAUCACCACCAAUCUUCGUUAGGGUUUCGCUUUCCAUAUCUUCCGCUUUGGUUAAUAUUUAUUUGGUAAAUUAUAUCUCUGUGUGUUUGUGAAAGAACCAUGUACUCCUCGAGAGGGAGCAAUGCGUUUGGGCAGCAAUCGUAUGCGGCUCAAUCGGCUGCGUAUGGCGCUAGUUUGGGAGCUGCUUACUCUGGCAGUACUGUUGGAGGCCCUGAUGGGGGUUCUCAGCAUUCAUUGGCUGCUCGGCAUUCAUCAAUGUUGGUUGGCUCUCAGGAAGCUGACGUUGGUGGGUAUAGACCUCAUACUUCAACUGCGGCUCACUAUGGGGGACAGUAUAGCUCUGUGUAUGGUUCGGCUGCUUUAAGUGGUGCUCAGCAGGUUGCAGCAUUGAAUGUGAAAGGUGCUGGAUCGUCAGCUUUGGAAGGUCGUGGUGGCUAUGCCUCGGCUAUACAAGAUUCACCUAAAUUUGCAUCGACUGACUAUGUCUCCUCCUCAGGCCAUGGAUAUAGUCACAAAGGUGAUCAAUUAUAUGCUGAGAAGGUUCCAGAUUAUUCUAAAUUAGACAGACGACAAUAUGGUGAACGACAGAGUGCCUAUGUUGGUAGGGACUUGCAAAGUGAACCAACUGGGCGAUAUGCUGAUUCUGUUGGUUUUAGUCAACAUCAGAAUGAGAUGUAUGAUCGCAUUGAUCAGGCAUUGCUUCGACAAGAACAAUUGUUAAAAGCUCAAUCACUGCAAUCUGCAUCUCUGGAUGGGAGUGCCAGACAAGCAGAUUAUCUUGCAGCAAGAAGUACUGCAAGUCGUCAUCCCACCCAAGAUCUUCUCUCUUAUGGAGGAAGGAUGGAUGCUGAUCCUCGCAGUUUAUCAAUGCUUAGUGCUUCUUCAUAUAGUGGACAACAAGCUCCAUCGAUAUUAGGGGCAGCUCCACGGAGAAAUGCGGAAGAUCUCAUGUAUGCACAGAGUUCUUCAAAUCCUGGUUAUGGAGUGAGUCUGCCUCCUGGUAGGGACUAUGCCACUGGAAAAGGGCUUCAUGGCACAUCUCUUGAAUUGGAUUAUCCAAGCAGUGUGUCAUCACGUGGUGGUCAUCCAAGAAUUGAGGAUCACAAGGAUGACAGGGCUGCUUACCUUAGAGAGUUCGAGCUAAGGGAGGAGGAGCGGCGUAGGGAGCGUUUGCGUGAGAGAGAUAGAGACAGAGAAAGGGAGAAGGAACGGGAACGUGAACGGGAACGAGAACGAGAAAGAGAGCGUGAAAGGGAACGCAUGUUGGAACGACGGGAGAAGGAGAGAGAACGAGAGCGCAAACGUGGACUUGAAGCCAGGCGUGAUCGAACUCCAGCAAGAGUCUCUAGGGACCGCCGUGGUUCCUCUUCGGUGAAGGAGGGGAAAUCUUUGCGACGAGAUUCCCCACAUCAUGAUGCUUUACAUAGGCAUCAUUCACCUGUUAAAGAAAAAAGGAGAGAAUAUGUCUGCAAGGUUCACUCAUUCAGUUUGGUAGAUGUUGAGAGGGAUUAUUUGUCACUUGAUAAGAGAUAUCCUAGACUCUUUGUGUCCCCAGAAUUUUCAAAGGCUAUUGUGAACUGGCCAAAGGAGAAUCUUAGACUUUCCAUCAACACUCCUGUCAGUUUUGAGCAUGAUUUUGUUGAAGAAGAGAAGGCAACUGAGCUGAAAGAGCCAUCUGCUGAGCUUUUGGCUGAAGCACCUACGAAAUCAGAACAUGGAAAUAUAGUGUGGAAGGCAAAGAUGAUUUUGAUGAGCGGACUUAGCAAGAAUGCUCUGGAGGAGCUGUCAUCUGAAAAAAGUUCUGAUGAUCGCAUACCCCACAUUUGCAAUAUCCUCCGGUUUGCCUUGCUUAAAAAGGACCAGUCUUUCAUGACAAUUGGUGGUCAAUGGAAUCCUGCUGAUGGUGUUGACCCAUCAGUUGAUGAUACCUCUUUAAUUCAAACAGUCCAUAGAUAUGCAAAAGAUGUCACUCAACUUGAUUUACAGAACUGCUGUCAUUGGAAUCGUUUUCUUGAGAUACACUAUGACAGACUUGGCAAGGAUGGACUUUUUUGCCAUAAGGAGGUCACUGUACUGUUUGUUCCAGAUUUGUCUGAAUGUCUCCCCUCUUUGGAUGCAUGGAAAGACCAAUGGCUUGCUCACAAGAAGGCUGUUGCAGAGAGAGAGCGCCAACUUUCUUUGAAAAAAGAGAGGUCUAGAGAGAAGAAAGAUGGGCUGAAAGAUAAGGAAAAGGAUUCCUCAAAAGAUGUCAAAAGACUAGACAAAUCAGAAAAAAAGAAAGAGUCCACAUCCUCUGGACAAUCAGAAGAUUCUAACAAAAAGGAGAAAAAUGGAAAUGGUGUGAAAGGGAUUACUACAGCUGAAGAAAAGGGUGAUGGGAAUAACAAAAUUGUUGAGAAAAAAGAUGGGGCUGAAACAGGCGAGGAAAUCAAGAAUGUGGAGAAAAAGGAACCGGAUGAAUCUGCUGUUGCUCAGACAAGUGGCAGCGUGAAGCCUGGGAAGAAGAAGAUCAUAAAGAAGAUUGUCAAGCAGAAGGUUGUUGAUAAGACAGCUGGUAGUAGUGCCAGCAAACAAAAUGACAAGCUGGAUGAGAAGGAUAAUGGACAGAAGAACGCAAACUCAGAGAUACCUGAUCAACAGGAUAAGUCAGUUACUCCUGCUAAGACAUUUGUAAGAAAAAAGGUGGUAAAAAAGGUUCCAGCAGGAAAAACUGCUCAGAAUGAAGGUACUGAAGAUAUACCAAAGGAUAAUUCAGAUCCAAGCAGUGCUGCAGUUGUGGAAGGUACCAGUGUAAAAACAACUGUGAAGAAAAAAAUAAUUAAGAGGAUAGCUAAAAAAAAGGUCCCUGGUUUGGAAUCCAGUGAUGGGGUUCCUGGAACUAAGAAAGAUGCUGAUGGGGAUGAAAUAAAGGUAGUUCAGCCAGUGCAUGAAACCAAAAACACAGAGAGGCAGGCAGCAGAUGCUGAAAAUCUGGUCAGUGAGGUCAAAAGAUCUGAAAAGAAAACAGUUCCCAAGACUGACUCCAAAACAGUUGCCACUAAGAAGCAAGGAGAUGGCGAUUCAAGCAAAACAGAGAUAAAGGCUGACAAGGAUGAUAAGGAGGAGGAUGAAAGAAAAACUGGUGAGAAAAGUGGCGUGGUGCCUAAAGUGGAGACUGAUGCUGACAAGAAGAAAGUUCCUCAAACUGAUGUCAAGAAGGGAAAAUUAAAAGAUGGGGAUAAAUCUAAAGAUGAGAAAGUGAGAAAAGAAAAUGAUGGAAAAGAUGACUCUAGAAACAAAUCAAAUAAAGAUUUGAAAGAAAAGAGAAAGCCUGAAGAACCUCCUCGACACCCUGGAUUGAUUUUACAAACCAAAUGGAGCAAGGAAUCCAAACUUCGUUCAUUGUCACUUUCACUGGAUUCACUCCUGGAUUAUACUGACAAGGACAUGCAAGAAUCAACGUUUGAGUUGUCAUUAUUUGCUGAAUCGUUGUAUGAAAUGCUUCAAUAUCAGAUGGGUAGUCGUAUUUUAACAUUUCUGCAGAAACUACGUGUAAAAUUUGUGACAAAAAGAAAUCAACGUAAGAGGCAACGGGAUGAAAUUCAAGAAAAGGAAAAGGAUAAAAAAUCACCGGUGAAGCGAGCAAAGACCAGUGAUCUCCCUGUGAAAGAGCAAGAUAUUAAGUCUGAAACGUUGAACACAGCUCAACCAGAUGAUGACAAAACCAAGGUCAAGGAGGAGGAUAAAUCUGUUGUUCAUGUUAAUGAGGUGAAGAUGGAAGAUGAAACGGAUGUGGUGAAGAUGGAAAAUGAAAAGGAUGUGGUGAAGAUGGAAGAUGAAACUGAUGAUGAAGAUCCAGAGGAAGAUCCUGAAGAGGACGAAGAAAUGGAGGAGUCAGGUACGCAUCAUGACUUACCUAAUGUGAAUAAAGAAGAGAAGACUGAUGUGAAUGCUGCACCUGAAAAGGUGGAAGGAAAUGAUAAAGAUAAAGCAGAGGACUCUUUGAAGGAGAAAGAGAAACCAAAAGCUGCUGAGACAGAGCUCAAGUCUGAUGGGAAUGAAAAGACAGACUCAAAGGCUGAUACUGGUAAGAAAGAAACUUCCGCUGAUACUGUUAAGAAAGAAACUUCUGCCGUGACGGAGGUUGCUAUUGAUAAAGAAUUAUUGCAAGCUUUUAGGUUUUUUGACCGAAAUCGAGCUGGCUACAUUAGGGUUGAAGAUAUGAGGUUGAUCAUCCACAACUUGGGGAAUUUCCUCUCACACAGGGAUGUGAAGGAACUUGUGCAAAGUGCAUUGUUAGAGAGCAACACCGGUAGGGAUGACCGCAUUCUUUACAAUAAGCUGGUGCGAAUGUCUGGUAUUUGAGAUUGGAGAAGGGUCUUCAUUUUUUCUUGAUAAUGAAUUUCAGUAUGACCUUGCCUUAUUAUGGCCCUUGAAAGGGGACAGAUUCUUACAGGGCUUUGGUUUGCAAAUUGGAUAGUUGUCCUCUGUUUGAUUUCUUUUAAUGCCUGUCAAAAAAUAAAAAUGAAACAUUUGUUUA